AUGGACGUCAUUGAUCGUCCGAUCCGUGCCCAGGCCGUGCCCCGCGCCGACAAACCAGCCCAAGUGCCAGCAGAGACAUAUCGAGUCUGGGCAAAGAAGUAUGGGCCAGUGUUCCAAAUACAGCUAGGAAAUACCACGGCUGUUGUCGUCAACACCGCGGAGGCUGCCAAGCAGCUAUUCCUUGGACAACGUCAUGCCAUGAACUCUCGACCAACAUUCUACGUUUUUCAUGGAAAAGUAAGCAAAGCUGUUACUAGUAUCGGCACCAGCCCAUGGGACGACUCUUGUAAACGUCGCCGCAAACUGGCAGCUGGGGCAUUGAAUCGUCCGCGGGUAGAAGGCUAUGCGCCCAUUCUGAACUUGGAGGCACGAGAGUUUCUCAAAGACUUGUACGAAAAUUGCCGCGGUGGUUUGGUGGAUCUCGACUUCCGUCCAGCUGUCAGGCGCUUCUCCCUUAAUCUAAGUCUGACCCUCAAUUAUGGGACAAGGGCCUCCAAUGUCAAGUCCCUAGAUGACGAUCCCCUGUUGUCCGAGAUCAUUUACGUCGAAUCCGAAAUUUCAAAGUUUCGGGAUACUGGAAAGAACUACAUCAACUACAUACCUUUGCUGCGAUACUGGGAACCAAUUGCGAGCGUUUUAGGUUUACAAUCUACCCCGAAGAAUCACGCAAUGGAUAUUGGCCGUCGAAGACUGGAAUAUAAUGACGUUCUCUUAAGCCGACUCAAGGACGAAAUUGCUCAGGGCAAAGACAAGCCCUGCAUUCAAGGCGCUGUUUUGAGGGAUCCCGAGUCGGCAAGUCUUACACGAGAAGAGUUGAUAAGCGUGAGUCUGAGUAUGAUGGCAGGCGCCGAUUCAAACCAGCCAACCUUAGCUUGGGCUAUUCUUCUACUCGCACACCGCCCUGAUAUACAAGACAAAGCAUAUGCCGCCAUUCGAGAUGCUGGUGUUCUACAGCAACCAUCCAACACAUACGCUUCUACCAAGAUUGACUACAUAGAAGCGCUGACGAAAGAGAUUUCGAGGUACUUUGUUGUCUUGAAGCUUGCACUACCCAAGGCAACAUACGCUAAUGUCACUUGGGGGUCCGCCACAAUCCCGGCCAACACUCUGGUUUUCUUGAAUAGCUGGUCCUACCCUGAUCUGUUCAAGGAGCCUGAAGUAUUUGACCCUGAGCGUUGGCUUCCGGAUGCACCCGAUCAAUACGCGCAUCAUUUCGCCUUUGGUAUGGGUGGACGUAUGUGUGUGGCGUCUCACCUCGCACACGGCGCUCUAUACACAGCCUUUUUGCACUUGAUCGCCCGAUUCAAUAUCUUGCCGGCGGAUGGCAAGACCUCAGUAGAGAUCGAUCCGAUCAAAGGGCUUAACGGCCUCUCGUUUGUUGCCUCACCGAAAGGUUUCCAGGCGAAGUUUGUGCCCAGAGAUGGAGCUGGACUAGGACGUUGGUUGAGGAGCCCUGAUGAGAGCCUGUAGAGGUCUCGAUGCCUUAUUGGUUCUCGGGAAGAGACAGUGUUAUUCCGGAAUGAGCUUAUUCGUGUCUAAAGCAUUGAAUAUUGCUAGGGAAUUCGGACUUGAUUCAUCAAGUCUUGGGCACAAUCACUUACGAACAUCCGUCAAAGUGAAGUCGUUAAUAUAAGAUAGUAGUGCCGUAUAAGUCGUCCGAAGCAAAUUUUGCACCUUGUCAACAUGUACUAACAUCCAUUCCAUCGGCUCCAUGCGUGAGUUUAUAUUUCAAGGUCUUCCAAGACCUGGGUGUUGGUCCGAUGCAUUGAGGUUAACAGGUCUUGCCG